UCUGCUUCAGGCACAUGUAUGCAAACUUCAAAAUGCACUACAAGGGAUCUAAACUACACACACUAUUCUGGAAUGCUGCUAGAGCUUAUAAGCCUAAACACUUUCAGGGAGAAACCUGUCUGCAAGCUAGUUUUGAUGUAUGGACAGCUGGUGAUGGGGCUGUUUUACAAGAGAAGAAAUGCUUGUGUUGGAUGGGAUUCUGGGGAUUUGGUUCCUACUGCCAAAAAAUUAUUGAAGAAGAUGUUUAAGAAAACAGGGGAAUAUAAGGUAGAAGGAGUGGUUGCUGGCAAGCUUUAUGAAGUCACAAGCAUACAUAAUACAAUAUUCACUGUUGACCUUGAGAAACAUACUUGCAGCUGCAUGCAAUGGCAGCUGAGGGGUUUCCCCUGUCAACACGCAGUCUGUGCUCUGCAGCAAAUCAGGCCCAAUUGGGUUGAGUAUUGUGCCAGAUACUACUCAGUGGAUAACUACAGGACCACCUAUUCCCCUGAUAUGGUGCCAUUGGAAGGGCCUGAGGACUGGGAUGAGGUUUUUUAUAACUCUGAACUAUUCAUGUUUAUUGUCCUUAAUUGGAUCUGA